UAGCGACGGGUGAAGGCAGCAACAUGAACCCUCUGACCAAAGUGAAGUUGAUCAACGAGCUGAACAAACGUGAAGCCGAGCUGGGAGUGCAAGAGAAAGUCUCCUGGCAUGCUGAGUACAGUGACAGUGCAUGGGUGUUUGUAGGGGGUUUACCGUACGAGCUCACCGAAGGAGACAUUAUCUGUGUAUUUUCACAGUACGGGGAAAUUGUGAACAUCAACCUGGUGCGUGAUAAGAAGACGGGGAAAUCCAAAGGUUUUUGCUUCAUUUGUUAUGAAGAUCAGCGAAGCACCAUUCUUGCUGUGGACAACUUUAAUGGGAUAAAGAUUAAAGGAAGGACAAUUCGUGUGGACCACGUGGCUAACUAUCGCCCUCCCAAAGACUCUGAGGAUAUUGAUGAUAUAACCAAAACUCUCCGGGAAAAAGGAUGUGGCAUUAAAACGCCUCCCAGCUCACCUGAAUCCUCCGAAGACGAGGAGGUGGAAGCGAAGAAGCACAAAAAAGUAAAAAGCAAGAAGAAGACAAAAGAAAAGAAAGAGCAUCGGAAACGUGCGAAAGAAGAGCUGCCAGCAGAUGCACCACCUGCUAAAGCCAAGAUCAAAGUGGAGAAGGAAGAUUCAGGCUAUGAACGAUAUGCUAGUGCAAGUCAGCAAACCUUGAGCUCAUCUGGGCACAAGCAUGCCAGCCGGGUAGAGCAAGAACAAGAACUCAAGUACGAGCGUGUAAGAGAGAAGUCUCGAGAGAGGGGCACAGAAAGGGGCUGGCAGGAUAAAAGAGAGAAGGGCGGAGAGAGGCGUCAGCACGAUCAGAGAGAGGAAUCUCAAGAGAGGGGCUCGCAAGAUCAGAGAGGGGGGUCUCGAGAGAAGGGCAGAGAGAGGCACUGGCAUGAUCAGAGAGAGGGAUAUCAAGAGAGGUCUCAAGAGAAGGGGAGAGAGAGGGGCCGGCAGGAUCAGAGAGAGGAAUCUCGAGAGAGGGGCUGGCAAGAUCAGAGAGGGGGGUCUCGAGAGAAGGGCAGAGAGAGGCACUGGCAUGAUCAGAGAGAGGGAUCUCAAGAGAGGGACCGGCAGGAUCAGAGAACAUCUCAUGGUGGUCGCAGCGAGGAGAAGCAUAAGAAGGUGGAUGACAGAGUGAGAGCAGCAGAAAGCAGGAGAUCCCGAGAGCGAUGGGAGAACAGUGACAAGCCGUCCAGGGAGAAGGAGUCUUCCAGAUACUACUAACCUUGU